CAGACUGACAUCACUGACAUAAAUUUGACAUAAAGAAAAGCAAUUAGUCGGCGCAAGAAGAAGUCCAAGAUUUCGUGGCAUUUUCAUUGAAGAAACGUGUUCAUCGAAAGUCAUAAAGCUUGUGGGUUUUCUGGCUUCAAGUUCAUCGUCUUAAAAGAAGGUUUUGUGCAAUGUCUUUUUAAGUAAGCUUUAUACAUUCAUAAGGAAAGCAGCCAUAGGCUGAUGUGGACCUCAGAAAAGCUUAAGCUUAGAAAAUAUUAAUGUAUGAUUCAGAUGUGCAUAAGCUCCGCAUGGGUCAAUGGUGGAGCGUAGAUUGUCGUUGAUCAUAAACUUGAUUGAAAACUUUGAAAAGUUACUGUCGUCUUAAAUUGCCCAGAAAACGAAGGCGAAGGCGGAGAUUAAGCUUAAGCUGAUAUAACCGCGAGCUUAUAAGCUUAUAUACUGACAGGCCAUUAUACAAGUCGAUAUUACACAUGGUUUGCUAUUCGAGAUCACAACGUGAUCAAUUGUAGAUUACUAGAUUCUCCUUGUUCAUUAAUUUAUGUCAAGAACAAAAGUUACGAUCCGUCUAUGUAGGUUUACUUUGCCCUUUAGAUAUUAUGGCCCAAACUGGAACCUUGAUUUUCUCAGUUCCCUGUAGCCAGCCGUAAUCACUAACCUUUACAGUAGUUGGUGCCAGCUAAGCAAUUUUUCCAAACUACAUUUACCAAACAAGUGAAAAGUGAAAAUUUUUGGAAGAUGUUUGUUCACUUGGACCAAAGUAAUAGAAUUUUGGAACUUUAAAUCAUUCUCAAAAGUAGGUCAUUACAACUUCACGCCGAUUUAAGUGUGUACCCCAAAUUUUGGGGUUAUCAAGUAUUCAUAUAUUCAGGCUAUUGUUCUUGCCAUUGUCGAUUACCUUCCGAAGAAUCCACGAGCGGAAUUCCUUUGAUUUAGGUGCGAUAUGUCUCUUUUGUUUCGAAUUUUGUUGCUUGAUUGACUUUUUAAUCCCCAUUGUUACCUGAUGAGUAUUAAAUUUAUCCAUUUAAAUACUCAGACUUGCCUGUUAAAUUUGCUGCAGUCUGUGGGAACACUUACAAGUCUUUUAAGCGUGGCGGACAACUCUGGUUGCAUAACAUAUUUUCGGUCACGCACCGUAUUACAAAGGAAAGAAGCCUGAUAAAUUUGAAGUUGAUUAAAGCUUAUAAAUACCUGGUAUCCGAUAGUAUUUUUUUAUUAAAUACUCUCUUGCCUUGAAAAUAAAUUGGCGUUUUAAAGAAUUGCUGCGGAAGUUAUUUAUUAGAACGUUUUAUUCAUUCAGUAGCUCUGCAAUCAAGAGCGAACAACUUUUUUUUAAAUGUAAACAACGCAAGCGGUGAAUGUAUAUAACGGGAUGUCACAGUUUUAUUAGAGUGUAGUUUCACUUUUUUGGACGUUUUCGCUUGCCUUUCAGUUUUUUUUUGUUGAACAAACCUUUCGUUUCAGUUACGUGACUGCAGGGCCCGAAAUAACCGCGUAUUGUCAGUUCACCGAUUAGCAUGGCAACUUGAUUCGCGGAGAAGUCGAGUGAGACGGAGUUCAUAAUUCCCCGAAAUAAUUUUGUAGAAAUGCUUGUAUAGUUUCUUUGCUCUGGAGAAAUGAAUAACUGUUAUGAUUGAGUGAAUGGAUAACUCUCGGCCGGAUUUUAUUAAGCGAUAGGCGAGAAAAAAUGCUUCAGCGGCUUGCUUUGUACUUCGAAACCUUGGCAAGAAAAAAAAUCCAAUCUCGGUCCACAGUGGUCGAAAUUUCUCGUUCAAGAUCUCUUUUUGAAGCUCUCAAAAUUCUCCUUUUUGAAAAAUACGUGUCCAAGUCGAAGAAGUUUUGCGAAAGACUUAAAUCCAUAAACUUCUACUGCAAUAUGUGCAAUAAUUCUCUGCAGUUUUAUUGACACACUUAGAACAAAAGGAUACCUUUCAAACUUCUCAGCCCUGGGCAGCUUAAUUAAGCCAUUGUUCAGUUCCUUUGAAUUGGCUUCUGAGUCUUCCGCCAUAAAAUCUCACCUUCUUUGAACCGAGUCAAAACGAGCACUCUCGAAGGGAAAGUCCGGAGGAAUAAAUUGAGCCUUCAGGGUACAAAAUCCAACGGUUAUGCCCAUUUCUGAAAUACACACUUAAAUCGGCGUGAAGUUGUAAUGGUUGAGUUUGAUUGUCUGGGUGAACUAUGAACAUGUCCCAAACGAUUUUGCCGACAUAACGAUAUUUAGAUUUAGAUUUAGAUUUAGUCCUGAAUAGGACUGUUGUUGUUCACAGUGACUAAUGUUUUGUCAACCUUUGUGGUAGUCAUUUUCAUAGUCAACUCUGAAAAUGACCACCACACAGGUUGUCGAAACGUCAGUCACUGUCAACAACAACAGUCCUGUUCAGGACUACGUUCACCCGGACGAUCAAACUCAACCUACUUUUGAUAUGACUCCUGGGUUCAAACCUUUCACAGUUUUAAAUCAUUCUUUGGAAAAAUUUGACUUUUGAGAGCUACUCUUAUUCGUAUUAGGAAUUUCCAGUAGCUUCUUUUUUAGAGCCUAAAAUUUAUAUUCCCAACCAAGGCAGCAUUUGGUGUCCUAAAUGUUUAAUAUUUUGGGACACUGCACAAAACUGAAUUAUUAAUGAUUAUUAAUCAAUCAAUAAAUUAUCAAUUAACAAUUUUUUGUUCUCAUUGUCAUCAUACCAUUUUCAAACACCAUCUUGGAUAGCCUCUCCGCAGACGUCACGUGGGGUUCUUUUAUCACGCAUUCAUUUCUUUGCAUGGUGAAUGAACCCCAAAGGACAUCUUUGGGGAGGCUACAUCUUGGAGGGCAGAUGAAUUACUGUUACUGUAGUAUGUACAAUGUUAUUACAAUUGAAAUUAACAAGAUCAUGUUUAUUGUUGCAGGAUUGUAGCAAUUGUUUAUUCUGCUAUUAACUUGUCAUUCAACUGCCAUGGAUGAAAAAGAAUGGAUUCCUCACACCACAAAAACAGGAAAAAUUCUAUAUUAUAUUAAUCCUGCCACAGGAGAAUGUAAGUGGCAGAGUCAGCUUACUAAGGUAUGUUUAUUAUUGUUAGAUGUUGGCAGCUGUUUGCAGUUAUCACGAUGACCAGUUCUUUUGAAAUGUCUCAUUCUUUUAUCUUCUUUUAUUGGAGAAUUUUUUUAUUUAAAGUUAUUUUGCCAUCUUAGCAACUAGCUUGUGUUGACAUUGCUCCAAGCUGUAAUCAUUUUAGGUGGGCAUGGCAGGUAGAACAAAAACCAAUGAGGAGUUUUUGAACAAUUUUCACCAGUUUACUAGUAGCAGUCAGUCAGUUAUUGGCCAGUAUUACUUCAGUAUGCUGUGGUGUGUUUUCAAAUGCAUUGCUUAACAACAGGCAGCCCAGACACUAUGGGAGUUGGUUGGAAAUUGAAUUUUUUGAGAAUGUGUGAGAAAUAUAAGUGACUCAUCUUGUUUUUGUGUUGCGUCUUAAUAAAUUGCUGUCUGUUCACUUCUUGAGCCAUUUGAAAGUGGUUUUGGUAACUCUUAGAUUUCUUAUCGUAUAAGAAUACAGCUCAAAAUCUAGCACUCACCAGUACAGCUUUGGAUUUGCUCCAGCUAGAAGUAAACAGAUCGUAAACUAACACACCACAUAAACGCAAGGCAAGUCAUUUUUUAUUUCCAAUCUUUUCCAAAAGUAGAGGUAAGAACAUAAUUUGUCCAUUGUCAUACAUUCUGUUUGAAAAUUUAAGUACCACAAACUCCCAUAGAGUCUGGGCUGCCUGUGGGAGUACUAGUUAAGUUUAUUUCUGUUUGACAGAAAGCUGAGCAGGAAGUUCAUUCAAAGCAGCUUAAGAAUGGAAAAGAGCCCUGCACUCAAGAGGAGCUUUCUAAAGAGAAGAUUAUGUCCGUCCCACAAGUGCCAAUUUCCCAAGAAACACAACAAGUGCAAAAGCCCAGUGUGGAGAGCAAGUGUGAGGUCUCAUAUUGUAAAAGAGAAGACGCUAUGAGCUGUUCACAGCUUGAAUGCGUGGCUCAAAGAGAGGAGAUGGAUUUGAUAGCACACAAACAGACUGACAAACAGCUAGAGGUACCUGCAUUUGUACAGGUAAGUGCAAAUUUAGUACAUUUUGCUGCAGACCGCUAUUGAUGCUUUUAAUCUCCUCCAUAACCCAUUGUUGUGAGUAAUUGUACAACAUUUUAUGAUGAUUCGCAAUAAUGAUUUUGUAUCACCAAUAGUUUCAAUACUGCAGUAUGAUUGUAAUCUUAAUGUGUAAAUUAAUGGAUAUUGCAUUUGACAUGAAUUUUUUGGAUGCAAAGGAGUGCUGGGUGAAAUUGUGUGCAUGUAUUUUGGAUUGGGGGGAGGGGGUGGGAUGGUGACUUUCUGAGCAGAGUAGUCACAGUUGUCACCAGUCCCUCUCUAUCCACUUUACUACAAAUAAAAAAUAAUGUAUUGUAGUAUCUGCAGCAGAUUUGAACAAACCAAUUUGAUGCAGAACUACGGUCGCAGCUUCAAUUAUGUUUGUACAAGUUAUCUAUACUGGGUUUAUGAAAUCUUGUAUCAUAUUUUAUAAUACAAGUACAUUAAUUGUUACAUACAUAAUAAUUUUAAUUUCUCAUUAGAGCAAUGCCUAUGUUCUGGAUAUUGGUGAAGAGAACAAUUUUCCACCCACUACAAAGGAGCCAGCAGGUACUUAAUCAGGGUUAAGAUUGAAGUAUUUUUUUGUGCCUUUAACUUGUCAGGGUAAGAGUGUGUGCUCAAGAAAAUUAAUAUGAGGUUGAAGCUGUAAAUUUUGUAAGGGAGUUUAGUAUAUUACAUAGUGUACAUUAAACAAAGAAGUCAGACAAAUCACAAGGGCAUAAUCAAAGCCCAAAACAACUUAAGGAUACCAUGAGAGCAAAUCAAAAACCAUUGAAACUGGAGAAACAACCAUAAUGAGGAAAAUGCCUCAAUGAACCAAACCGUGGAAGUCCCUCUGUUCAAAAAAAUCUAGUACUUUGAAUAGAUGGAGCCCAUUGAAGAGAGGUGCUACAUGUAAUUAUUGUGCAUGAAGGUUUAACUGUAUUUAAGUAAAUAUUUUGAAAAUAGUUAAUCAUUGCAAAAUAAUGUUAAAUUUGAUAAUUAGAGUUUAAUGUAAGUAUGUACAACCCUUUUAUUAAACAAACAAAACAUUUCUCCUCAUUAUUUUUGACAGCUUUAUGUCUUCUUUGCUGCCCUAGGUUCUGAUUCUAACCAUACAGAAAUAGCAAACAGUGUGUCCAAUGAACUUACUGUCCGGCAACACAAGCUAGAGUGUCCACAGUGCCACAAACAGUUUUCCUGCCCAAAUAAUAUUGCCUCACAUCUUCGUAGUCAUCCUGAGAUUGAUCCGUUGAAGUGCCCUGUAUGUUCUAAGGAGUAUUCCUCUUCCACUUCACUCACCACACACCUGAGAAUUCAUACUGGAGAGAGGCCCUUCUUGUGUUCACACUGUCACAAAUCCUUUAACCAGUCAAGUCACUUGACCACCCAUAUGCGUGUUCACACUGGUGAGAAACCCUACAAGUGUCCUAAGUGCCCUAAGACGUUUGGACAGUCAAGCCACCUGACUUUGCAUCUGCGAAUUCACAAUGGAGAAAAGCCAUUUCAAUGUAGCUUUUGCACAAAGGGGUUUUCUCAUUCAUCAGCUCUGAGCACCCAUAUACGGACCCAUACUGGUGAGAAACCUUUUCAGUGCCCCCACUGUUCAAAGAAGUUUGGCCAGUCAAGCCACCUUAAGAUUCAUAUCAGAACACAUACUGGAGAGAGACCUUUUCAAUGCCAUCACUGUAAAAAGUGCUUUAGACAGUCUUGCUACUUGGCCAAACACUUGAGAAGUCACUCCUCUAAUCAACAAGAUAAUUAA